AUGUCAGCUUUGACCCCUAUUACAGACAUACCCAUACUGGCAGAAAAUUUGAAAGCUCCUCCUAAUGAUAAAUCAAAGGUCAAAAAUGGAUAUUUAUUCUUCCGAUACAUAAUGGCUGAAGAUAUCGAUAAUGCAAGAAAGAUCUACGCAACAAAAGAAAAUGUAGCCAUGGUGGAAGAUAAUCCUAAAAUGGCUAAAGCUGAUAUUGCUAAAGACGAGAAAGCCUAUUACCGGCAAUUAGCUAGCGAGCUAGGACUGUGCAUGGGAGAGAUUCAGAAUGCAGUAGGAUAUCCGCAGUAA